UUUUCCCCUGCUGCAUCGCAAUACCCCGGCAUCGGGCCACCUGCCGCCAGCACCCAAACGAACCUCGAAAUCAUCAGCGCGACUGCUCCCGCUACCAUCUCCUGAUUUGGGCCCGAUCAUUGAGCCCAGCAAACCUGCAUCAUUCCGUCGCCAGCGCUCAUCCACUUUAUUGCCCAACACGGCCGGCACCGACUUCCUCCCGGUUUAUCCCUCUUUACUCCCACCACCAGUACCACUUAGCUGCCCCCAACGGUAGCACGGACUGCGCAUCUAAGCGAUGGCGUCAAAUAGGCCAGCAGCGUUCAACACCUUGCGGAUGGGAGAAGUGAUUCGCGAAAAGGUACAAGACGGUGUCACCGGGGAAACCCGCGAGAUACAGUACACGCAAUGCAAAAUCGUCGGCAACGGUUCCUUUGGCGUGGUCUUCCAGACCAAGCUGUCGCCGUCCAAUGAGGAUGCGGCCAUCAAGCGGGUUCUACAGGACAAAAGGUUUAAGAACCGCGAGCUGCAGAUCAUGAGGAUCGUGCGGCACCCGAACAUUGUGCAGUUGAAGGCCUUCUACUACUCCAACGGCGAGCGCAAGGACGAGGUCUAUUUGAAUCUUGUGCAGGAAUUCGUUCCGGAAACCGUAUAUCGAGCAUCGAGGUUCUUCAACAAAAUGAAAACCACCAUGCCGACGCUCGAGGUCAAGCUGUACAUCUAUCAGCUCUUCCGCGCCCUGGCCUACAUCCACUCACAAGGCAUCUGCCAUCGCGACAUCAAGCCGCAGAACCUCCUUUUGGACCCCAGCACUGGCGUGCUGAAGCUCUGCGAUUUUGGCAGUGCCAAGAUUCUAGUCGAGAACGAACCCAACGUGUCGUAUAUCUGCUCGCGGUACUACCGGGCUCCCGAGUUGAUUUUUGGGGCGACGAAUUACACGACCAAGAUCGACGUCUGGUCCACUGGGUGCGUUAUGGCUGAGCUGAUGUUGGGACAGCCACUCUUUCCCGGAGAAUCUGGCAUCGAUCAGCUCGUCGAGAUCAUAAAGGUUCUGGGGACGCCGACUCGUGAACAGAUCCGAACAAUGAAUCCCAACUACAUGGAGCACAAGUUUCCCCAGAUCAAGCCGCAUCCCUUCAACAAGGUGUUCCGCAGGGCGGACGCGAAUGCUAUCGACCUCAUUGCCCGGUUGCUCGAGUAUACCCCGACGGAACGCCUGGCCGCCGUUGACGCUAUGGUGCACCCGUUCUUCGAUGAGCUGCGCGACCCCAACACGAAGCUGCCGGACUCGAGGCACGGGACUGGUCAAGUCAGGGACCUUCCUCCUUUGUUUGACUUCUCGCGGCAUGAGCUCUCCAUCGCUCCUCACCUCAACCACCAGCUUGUCCCGCCUCACAUGGUCCCGGUGCUCGCGGCUAGGGGUCUCGAUAUCGACAACUUCACGCCCUUGGCGAAGCAGGAGAUGAUGGCGAAAUUAGAUUGAGCGAGCCGGUCUUGAUGAAAUCCGUUGCGUCAGUCCACGGUCAACAGUGUCGGUUAUGUUGGACAGUUUAUGCUGUAACUUCGCCAGCAGAGUAUCAUCCGCGAGAUCAGCU